AUGGACGAAGCGAAGGAAGAAGCUGGUGGAGACAGUAAAGGAGGAGGCACAAGAACUGACAAUAGGAGAAACAACCGUGGGAUCAAUACGGGUAAGAGAGCGAGAGGAUGUGUUGUGGACAACUGCCGAGAGGAUCAUCCACCGUGGGUUUGCGAAGCAUUUAAAAGGUUACCAGUGACUAAACGGAAAGAAUUGAUAGCAAAAAGCGGACGUUGUUUUCGUUGUCUGGCGUCAGGUCAUCACAGUAGAAGAUGUUCUAGAACUGUGCCCUGCGGUAUUGAUGGUUGCAAGAGUGUCACUCAUAGUAG